AGAAGGUAGAGGGAAGGGGAACCACGCCGCUCGAGAUAAGGUCCCUCCCCCAAGUCCCCCCCUCUCUCUAUAUCUCCUCCCUCACUCGAUCCUGUGGCUAAAAAUCCUCGAACCCUCCUUCCCUCUCCCUCCACCCCCCUCCCCCCGACCAUCUUCUUGAGGUCACGAGGCGGAGAGCUCGAGAACCCGUUCUCGUCCGCCCCAUAUCCCUUCGAUAUUUUCCUCCGCUGCCUCCGCCGCCUCCGCCGGCGUCAUCGCCAUGUCCGCCCUGCAGGCCUCCCUCUUCCUCCGGCCCUCGCUGUUGCCACCCAUAUUCCGGCCUCCUAAACGCUCCUCCAUUCUUCUUUCUGGCGCCAUCCGCCGCCCCGACGUCUCCGGCGGUCUCUUCUUCUCUCCCCUCCCCAAAUCCCUCUCCCACCGCCGCCUCGCCCCCGUUCCCCGCGCAUUGCCGCAGGAGAACACGGAUUCGGCGCGGGAACCCUUUUUGUCUGGCCAAGAAUCGAUCUUGGACUCAGAUUACCCCCAAGGCUCCGACCUUUUGCAAGAAACCGGCGAGGAGGCGUCGAGAGGGGAGCCCGAGGCUGUCUUGGAGGUUGGGGCGGUCGGAGAUAGGCAAGAACUGGAAUUUGGUCGUCAGGUGGUGGAGAAGAAGGAGACGAGGAAUAGAUUACCGCUGGUGGCGUUCUUGCUUGGGGUGAUGGCUUCGUUGAGGAGGGUUUUCGAUGCUGUGAUGAUGUCGGAGUGGCUGAGCUGGUGGCCGUUCGGGCAGCAGGAGAAGAGGUUGGAACGCCUCAUUGCGGAAGCUGAUGCAAACCCUAGAGAUGCCGCGAAGCAGAACGCUCUCCUUGCCGAACUCAAUAGGCACAGUCCUGAAUCAGUCAUCAGACGUUUUGAGCAAAGGAAUCAUGCAGUAGAUAGUAAAGGAGUUGCAGAAUAUCUUCGAGCUCUUGUUGUCACCAAUGCUCUCGCAGAAUAUCUUCCAGAUGAGCAAUCUGGAAAGCCUUCCAGUCUCCCAACACUGCUGCAAGAGUUGAAGCAACGCGCAUCUGGAAAUCAGGAUGAGCCAUUUUUGAACCCUGGAAUAUCGGAGAAACAUCCAUUGCAUGUGGUUAUGGUUGACCCGAAAGCAUCAAGCAAAUCAACACGGUUUGCUCAAGAACUUCUGUCAACCAUCUUGUUUACUGUUGUUGUUGGACUGAUGUGGGUAAUGGGUGCAGCUGCACUUCAAAAAUAUGUUGGCAGCUUAGGUGGUAUAGGUACAUCUGGUGUUGGUUCAAGUGCUACAUAUGCCCCAAAAGAGUUAAACAAAGAAAUCAUGCCAGAGAAGAAUGUGAAAACCUUUAAAGAUGUUAAAGGGUGUGAUGAUGCAAAGCAAGAGCUUGAAGAAGUGGUUGAGUAUCUCAAAAACCCAACAAAGUUCACUCGCCUUGGGGGAAAAUUACCAAAGGGAAUUCUUUUGACUGGUGCACCUGGAACGGGAAAGACUUUGCUUGCUAAGGCUAUUGCUGGAGAAGCUGGUGUGCCUUUUUUCUAUCGCGCAGGUUCUGAAUUCGAGGAAAUGUUUGUUGGUGUUGGUGCUCGGCGAGUAAGGUCCUUAUUUCAAGCUGCUAAGAAAAAGGCACCUUGUAUCAUUUUCAUUGACGAAAUAGAUGCUGUGGGAUCCACUAGAAAGCAAUGGGAAGGGCAUACUAAGAAAACUUUGCAUCAGCUACUUGUUGAAAUGGAUGGCUUUGAGCAGAAUGAGGGUAUUAUUUUGAUGGCUGCAACAAAUUUGCCUGAUAUUCUAGAUCCAGCAUUGACAAGACCUGGUAGAUUUGACAGGCAUAUUGUUGUUCCAAAUCCUGAUGUGCGUGGCCGGCAAGAAAUUCUGGAGCUUUAUUUAGAGGACAAGCCACUGGCUGAUGAUGUAGAUAUUAAUGCAAUUGCUCGCGGUACUCCAGGCUUCAAUGGGGCAGAUCUUGCAAACUUGGUAAAUAUUGCGGCCAUUAAGGCUGCGGUAGAAGGUGCUGAGAAGUUAACUGCGGCACAGUUGGAGUUUGCGAAGGACAGGAUAAUUAUGGGUACAGAGCGGAAGACUAUGUUCAUAACAGAAGAAUCAAAAAAGCUCACUGCUUACCAUGAGAGUGGUCAUGCCAUUGUUGCACUCAAUACCGAUGGUUCUCAUCCUAUUCAUAAGGCGACCAUGAUGCCACGAGGAUCUGCCUUGGGGAUGGUGACCCAGCUUCCUUCUCAAGAUGAGACAUCCAUCAGCAAGAAACAGUUACUAGCACGCCUUGAUGUAUGUAUGGGAGGGAGGGUUGCUGAAGAGCUUAUCUUUGGUGAAGAAUGUAUCACAACUGGUGCAAGCAAUGACCUCCAGACCGCCACUGAGCUUGCACAGUACAUGGUGUCAACUUGUGGGAUGAGUAAUGCAAUUGGCCCUGUGUAUGUCAAAGAGCGAUCAGGUUCAGAGAUGCAAUCACGAAUUGAUGCAGAAGUUGUCAAACUCCUAAGAGAAGCUUAUGACCGAGUUAAACAGUUAUUAAAGAAGCAUGAAAAGGCAUUGCAUGCGCUAGCAAAUGCACUUCUUGAGUAUGAAACACUCACUGCAGAUGAAAUCAAGCAAAUCCUCAAUCCAUAUCAAGAAGAUCAACUUUUGGAGCAACAAGAGGAGCUUGCAUUGACUUAGGCUAGUUAUCAUUUAUGGAUGUAGUUUUUCCUAACUGUAAAGCAGUGUACAGCAAUGCAAUCACAGGUAAACUAUUAGAAGUUCUCUUAUGUCAUCUUUUGUGGGAAAAAAUGGAGCUGGCUAAAAGGCAUGAGGUGUACUUUUUUUUUUUUCCAACUAGCUUCCAUUGGGAAGGAGCAGAGGGAAAUUCAAUUCUCACAGAAGGCUGUAAUUUAUCUCAAUUCUGUUGAUCAGAGCAGACCCAAUUAAAUAUGGAAAACAGCAACUUUUGGAGAAAAGCUGGGUUCAACCACCAAACAUUUUAGGUAUUUUAAAUCAAAGCUACAUUGUAAAAAAACUUAUAUUUGGACUUGGAGAUUCCAGCAAUAGAAAUGUUAUUAUUCCAAACAAUUUGUUCUAGUAAAA